AUGAGAACAGAACCACGAUACACAUUUAGCAUUAAUUUACCAAUUAGUUUAUAUCAAAGAGUAGUAAAUGAGGCUGGUAAGGGCAAAAUCAGCACUUUUAUUAAGGAAAUAUUGGAGGAAAAACUUGCUGAAAAAACAAGAAAAGAAAAUAUUCGCGAACUCCAAGGCCGACACCCUGGACUAGUAAUCUCUAAUGACGAGCAAAACAAGUUCAGUCCAUUAAUCACAAUCAUACCUUUAACCAGCCAAGUAGACAAGAUUUACCCCUUUCAAGUAUACAGUGAACUAAAAGGCCGCAGUGGUGUAAUUCUCGUCGACCAAAUUAGAACCAUUGACCGGAAAAGGUUUGCCGAAAGGACAUUACCAAAUGAGAUUUUGGCUUUUUGGAUGUUGGGGCCGAAGUCAGUGAGGGCAAAAUUGGCUAAUUUACCAGAACUAGAACUAUCCGCAAACAGGACUAAUGUCAAAAAAAUAAACAUUGAUGGUAAAAAUCUCAAGGGAACUCUGGCGGUAGGAGAUGUUGAUGGAUUUGUUAACUUAGAAGAAUUUAGAUGUUUAAAUAAUCAUCUGCUAACAGAAAUAGAUAUUAGCAAAUGCACCAAGUUAAAAAAAGUUAUUUGUAUUAAUAAUACUAAGUUAGUUAAUUUACAUCUUCCUAAUAGUAUUUCUUUUCUAGAGUGUCAAGCCAAUCCACUCACUUUUCUGAGUUUAAGAAUUUGCUCUAAAUUAAAAGAAAUAAAUUGUUCUGGUAAUCUACUUAAAAGUAUUAAAUUACCUUAUUUAUGCCAUGAAUUAGAAAAAUUAGACAUUAGAAUGAUUGAAAAAGAAAAAAUUCAGCAAGGUAUUUAUAAUCGCUUUUAUGGUAGUUUAGAGCCUUUGAAAAAUUUAAAAAAAUUAAGAUUCCUAAGAAUUUGUAACACUGAUAUUGAUAGUGGGUUAGAGCAUUUACCAAAUAAUAUUGAGACUUUCGAUUGUUCUUCGUAUCUUAGAAGAAGCGAAUUUGAAGAAAGACUAAAACUGGCUAAGGCUAAAAGCAUAUUGGCACAAGAAUUACAAGAAAGAGAAGAGUUAACCCAGCAACUAGAGCAAACCAAAAAUGUUUGUUUUCAACAGGAACAGACGAUAAACUACUUACAACAGACUUUGACAGAUUUGCAGGAAGAAAAAACCCAAGUGGAAACUGAACUAUUGGGAAAAAUAAAUGAGUUAAAAUAUGAACUUAACCUAA